GUUUCUGGAUCUUAUUUCCGUAGAGUUGAGGUCCAACGAGAGUGGGUCUUGAUCGAUUGGCCCAAGGGGAAACACGUAACCACAUAGUAAAAUAAACAAAAUAAAUCCUUCGAAGGAAAAUAUCAUCACUUCCUCGGAGAGGAAUUUUCGUAGCGGAUCGUCGUAUUUUUUUCUUUGCUCGGCCUAUUGAAACCGAAAGGUGUAUUGUUUCACCUCCGAUUUGAAGUCGUAAAAAAUCAGAAGAGUAAGAGAAGGAAGAAGAAACCCUAAAAAGUUGAAAGAAAAUUAAAAAAGAGAAGUUUGAAAAGAGAAGAUGAAGACGACAAAAGGAGGCAAAGUGAUGAACCCCACGGACGCCUACCGUAAGGAGCUCCGUAAGAAAGAACUUAAACGGAACAAGAAGGAAAGGAAGAAGGUGAGAGAGGUGGGGAUUUUGAAGAAGGAUCCGCAGACAAUCAUGGAACAGAUUGAGAAGUUAGAAAUGAUGAAGGCUGAAGGUGCUUUAGACAAAGCAAGAAAACACAAGAAGAGACAACUUGAAGACACACUUAACCUUGUCUUAAAGAAGAGGAAGGAAUAUGAAGACAAAAUGAAGGAGAAGGGUGAGACUCCUGUUAUGUUCAGUCACUUGGGGCCUCCUCGGAGAAGGACAACCGCAGAAGAAGAAGAGAGAGCAAAGCAUCCUAAGCCUGAAGACUCUGUUUAUUAUCACCCCACUCUGAAUCCCACGGGGGCUCCACCACCUGGAAAGCCACCUAUGUACAAAUCAUCAAUAGGACCUAGAAUUCCCUUGACUACUGCAUCAUCAAGUGCUGCUGCAUCAUCUUCACAGACAGAGUCAGAGGAUAUUCCUGUAGAUGUAGCACCUCCACCUCCUCCACCGCCGCCUCCUUUGCCAGAUACUGGUAAAUCAAACUCAGGGGAUGGUUCUGUUCUGCCAGCAUCUUUGCCUCUACCACCCCCACCUCCGAUGCCACCCAAGCCUGCCACGGCAAACUUGGGCAUUGCUUUGCCUCCACCACCUGGGCCACCAGCUAAAGAGCAAGUUGCAGUUCGCCCUCCGCUACCUCCACCUCCUCCUCUUCCACAGUCUGUGCAACCACCUCCACCUGGCAUUAGUGGAAACGAAAGAGAGAAAAUAUCUGUACUGUCAGAUGACUUGACCUCCAAGGGACUUUCUCAGGUGCCUCCUGUGCUCCCUCCCCCUCCUGGAAUGCCCCCUAAAUUGGCAAUUAACCAGGCUGAAGGUGCCUCUUCAUCAGAAGCUGAUGCCAAUAACCACCCGGGGAUAAAAGAGGUUCCUAAAAUGGUUCCACCACCCCCACCUCCUCCCAGGCAACAACCUCCAGUGCCUGGACCUGCCAUGGUCCAAGUUUUACAGCCCGAUGUAUUACCCCCAGGAAUAUCACAUUUCCCUCCACCACCACCUCCAGACAUGCGGGCACCCCUAUCUGCCAGUGGACUUCCUGGUCAAGCUGCUCCCCCUGGAAUGAUGGUCCCACUAAUUCCAAGACCACCUUUGGGCCCUCCACCAGGACCUCCACCAAUGAUGAGACCGCCACUUCCACCUGGUCCUCCUCCGACUGCACUGGAUGAUUAUAAUUCUGCAAAUCAACCACCUUUACCACAGAAGCCAUCAUAUAUUAAAUCUGCUGCAUCUACUGUUGUUAAGCGGCCACUGGCUCAGCACCAGCCAGAACUUACAGCUAUGAUUCCUGCAUCGGUUCGAGUAAGGAGAGAGACUGCUGCCCCAAAAGCAAAACCAAAGCCUUUACUCUCAACCAUCACAGCGACCACCAAGCCUGUAGCUCCUAUCAUUGUGAAGCCAGAAUCAACCAGCUCAUCAUCAGCUCUGAAGGCACAGAGCAUUGAUGACUCGUACACGGCAUUCUUGGAGGAUAUGAAGGCACUUGGCGCACUUGAUAGCUGAUAGCUAUUGAGAUGUCAAGGAAAAGCAGCUGCCAUACAAUCAGAUUGAAGCAUGUACAAGCUAUUUUUAGGGAUAUGUGGCUUGAACGAUAUUAUUGUUCUUGGGGGCUUGUGUUCCCAUGUUGUUGUAUUGUCCAGGGGAACGCUUCUCAUACUGUAAUGCCUCAUUUUUUAUUGGCAAACUUUGAAGCCUUAUCAGUUAAUGAGACUCUGUAAGUCAAGGCAAUUUUCGUAAAGUGAAUUAUAAAAUAUAUCUGCUCCGAUCAACAAA